AUGGCGCAGUACCAAGAGGGACAAUGGCCGAUGACUGAACCUCGUGACGAAGUUGCUGCAGACGUUACGAAGUUCAUCGGACGAUCCAACUUUGUUUCUCCAACAAAGCGUGGAGAGACGGUCUCAAGCAUUACAAAUGAACAAAGGGAGAUCUUCCUACCAACUGGAACGCACCCUACAAUAUUCGAAUAUGUGAAGCAGUUUGAAACACAAGCGGAUAGAAGCGAUCGUGCUCAACCGACGGACGUGAUUGAAGGUACCACAUCUAACAUUGCCCAGGAGCAGGAUAUGCUAUCAUCACGUGUAUCCGGCCUGCCCAGGAAUAUACAAUAUCCUGAGUCAGCCUCACUUACAGUUCUACAUCGGGAUGCAGUCAAUACAAGUGAAUUGGAGCCGUCAGGCCAAGCCGGUUUUGUGGCUCAGGCGUCUGAAUCGAUUAUUUGGCCUUCAAACAGCCUUUAUGGUGAUUCGUCAUCCGAAUUGACCAACUUACAGGGUUACGCUGGUAGUGGUAUACCGCAACCUCUUGUGCAUGAUGAUCUAUAUCCAGCACAAGGAACAGACCCGUUCCAACUAAGUGAGCAGAUAUCACAGGACCAGGUAUGGGAAGAGCUCCUGUCCGUGCUCAUUCCUUAG